ACGCGCAGGAGGGAGGGUCUCAGCGCGCCUAGUUCUCAGUUUCAUUGACUUCUUCUGAAACUGAGAUGAACUUAGUUUAAGGGGUUUUCUCUUCGGUUUCUUUGACUCAGCCUCACUUUUUCUGUGUCACACAAUCCCAGAGCCUCGGGGUGCCUCGUUUUACGCACAAGUCGGUUAACGGACCGAGGAGCAACAGGAGGUUUCCAUCCAGCGAGUCACACCGGGAACAAGAAGGAUUUAACGGAGACUUUGCGGACACACUGCGGCUCUUUGGUCCCCUGUGCCCGGUACUGAUCCAGCCUCUGCCCGGUAGGAUACCGAGUGGACCCACAGUCUGACCCGGGAUAACUGCUGUCUCAAACGGGAUAGAGUCUGUCCUCCAUCAUGUGUCCCUCAGCGGGCAGCAUGUGUACGCUCUGCAGCCUGAUCCUGAUCCUGGUUCAGAUCCUGGUCCUGGCCCAUCCUGCAACAGGGUACAAUCUGGAUCAGGAGCACAGUCUGGAGUUCAGCGGCCCCUCCUCCUCCAUGUUCGGAUACUCAGUCCUGCUGCACCGUCACAAAUCCCACAGAUGGUUGGUGGUUGGAGCUCCGGUAGCAAACUCGACCUCCAAUCCAUCGGUCCGAUCUCCAGGAGUUGUGUACCGCUGCAACGUCACUGCCGAGUCCCACCACUGCCAUCCCAUGCAUGCUGACGUGCAGGGCUGUGGGAAGACGUGCGAUCCAGAGAGUGAUCACCAGUGGCUGGGAGUCAGUCUGUCCAGACAACCUGGAGACAAUGGAGGGCACAUCCUGGCAUGUGCUCAUCGCUGGAAGAACGUCUACUACUCAAGGAAAGACGUUCAGAACCACAAGCUGCCCAACGGAGUCUGUUAUCGUUACGGGAGCGACCUGAGAUACGCCCAACCCUUAAUCCCUUGCUACAGAGAUUACCAGAAGAAGUUCGGUGAGGAUUAUGGGUCAUGUCAGGCCGGUAUUUCCAACUUCCUCACAGAGGAUCUGAUCAUCAUGGGGGCUCCGGGGACAUCUUAUUGGAUGGGUUCAGUGUUGGUCUUUAACACGUCCAGUGGAGUGAUGUCGGUGUACCUGGACGAGGACGCUAGAUAUGUCAACUUUGGAAGCUACCUGGGUUACGCUGUUGGAGCCGGAAACUUUCUGAGUCCUAGCACCGUAGAGGUAGUGGGGGGGGCGCCCCAAUACAACCAGAGGGGCAAGGUCUUCAUCUUUACAGUAGACGACAACAUGCUGCGAGUCGUCUCUGAAGUGUCAGGAAGUGAGCUGGGAUCUUACUUCGGCUCCAGUUUGCUGGCGGUGGAUCUGAACGCUGAUGGUUUGUCCGAUCUGCUGGUCGGCGCUCCCAUGGCAACAGGCAUCACCAGGGAGGAGGGGAGAGUGCAUGUGUACAUCAACCAGGGGCAGGCGAAGCUGAUGGAGGCGGAGUUUCAGCUGAGUGGCAGCGACGCCUACGCCGCCCGAUUUGGGGAAACCAUCGCUGACCUGGGAGACAUAGACGACGACGGUUACCCUGAUGUGGCAGUUGGUGCCCCACAGGAAGACGACCUAAGAGGAGCUGUGUAUAUUUACAACGGCAGGAAGGAUGGCAUCUCUCCAACUCCAUCUCAGAGGAUUACUGGGUCGACUCUCGGUCGUGACCUCAGGAUGUUUGGCCAGUCGCUGAACUCUGGCAUAGACAUCGAUGACAAUGGCUAUAAUGAUGUGGCGGUUGGUGCUUUCCUCUCGGACUCCGCUGUCAUUCUCAGGACCCGCCCGGUGAUUCAGGUGAAGGCGUCUAUGACUCUGCCUGAGCACAUUGACCAGCAGGUGGCGCUGUGCCGAGAACACAAGACUCCCACCGUCUGCUUCAAUGUGACCGUCUGCUUCAGUGUCAAGUCCGGACACUUCAAAGGGGCUAUAGAUCUUCAAUAUAAUUUGACCUCUGACCUCCUCCAUAAACCAUCCUUCCCUCAUCGUUUCUAUUUCCAUGGUAACGGGUCAUCCAAUAGCACCAGGGGGCGUGUGAGAGCACGACAUGGCCAGCUCUCCUGUUCAACACACGUGGCUUACCAAAGGAAAGAUGUGAGGGACAUUUUUACUCCUGUCAAGUUUGAGGUUUCCUACAGUCGCAGAGAUACAAACACCCACAGAGCCUCCUCUAAAACCUUCCCCCCUUUGAAACCCAUCCUUCAGCAGAGCGAAGGACACCAGAACACCAUCACCAAGCAGACUUGGUUUGCUCGCCCCUGUUCGCUGGUGAACUGUUCUACCAACAUGCAGCUGUCGGCCCAACUUGUGCUGCCACAUCAGCAGCAGUACUUUGCUCUCGGCUCUGGACAAACCAUCAUGGUGAAAACUUCCCUUCUGAACUCUGGAGACGACGCCUUCCUACCUCGACUGACGCUGCGUUUCCCCAACAACAUCCACUACAUCAAAGUACUGCAGAACCAGGACAAUGUGGUCAGUUGUGAUGUCACACAGGAAGUCAACAGUACGAUGGUGGGUGUUGACUGCAGCGUCACCAGCCUCCUCCUACCAGCCCAUGCCCAGUUAAACAUCAGCUUCCUGUUGGACGUCAAUCCUAACAGCACAGCUGGUGACGUCAUGAUUCACCUUAACACCAGCAGCGAUAACUAUGAGAGGGCAGAGUAUCUCCAUGACAACUCAAUAAGUCUCCUGCUUCCUCUAAAAUAUGGAGUCAACGUCAACAUCCACGGUUUUGUGACUCCCACCUCAUUUGUGUUUGGAGAUGAAGACACAACUCCGGUUGACUGUUAUAAUGAAAGAUUCAACUACACAUACAAGGUGUUAAACUCUGGUCCCAGCAGGUCUGUAGACACUGUGGUGGACAUCGCGCUACCAAAGAUCCUCGCACCUUACCGACACAGGCUGAUGCAGGUGGUCGACUGGCAGUCGUCUCACGGUGUGUGUUCGAUCAGUGACACGACUAUUUCAGUCAAUGAGGACUGUGACGUCCCCGAAGCUUCCUUCAUCAAACAGAUUGUCUUCUUCUUCUCCUCCACCUCCACCCGCAGAAUGUUUUGUGCCCGUGGAGAUGAGCUGUGUGAGCGGUUGGUGUGUCGGCUCGGUACCCUGGAGGCGGGAGGAGAUGCCAUAAUCAAACUGGAGAUCAGACUGAACCCAGAUGUAUUACUGCAAGCUCCGGGUCGUCAUGGUGUCAUGAGGUUGGAGAGCACAGCGCUGAUGUCAAACCCCAGAGAAAGCCCUCACACCGUCCUCAUCCACGAACAACCAACAGCACAGGUGGAUGUUGAGGCUCUUUUUACCCAGAAACCCUCAACAACAGUAAAGGUCUUCAUCAUCGUCGUCAGUUUAGUUUUGGGUCUUUUGAUCCUGGCUGUUCUCAUCUGGUGUUUGUGGAAGGCCGGCUUCUUUAAGAGGGAGUUCCAGAAAAAGGAGGAGGAAGAGUUCAAGAGAGACAGCUGGGACUACGUUCCUAAAAAUGACAAAAGAGAGAGCACUUCCUAACCCCCACUGUGACCUCUGACCUCAGGAGGGAGUUCACAUUGUGACUGUGCAACAGAUUCAAUGAGACAUGUGUGCUGAUGAAUGGAGUGCUGUGUGAAAAUAUGGCUAUCCAAUUCAUCCAAAAGCAGUGGGAAGUUGCCGUUGAACACAGUCGGCCAAUGAAAUCUGUCCAGACUGAGUCAGCUGGUUUCAGACGUGACGCCCGUGUCACCGAUGAUAAAAUGUCUCAAGUGAACACCUCCUGAACUUGACCUUUAAAACAAUUUUUAAUAAUGUGCCUUUCCAAAUCCAGACAAGAUCAAAGACUUGAAAAGAAGGCAGCAAUGGAUGGAGGAUUAAUAAAAGGGAAGUGAACCUGAAUCAAUCAGAAGGCCUCAGAGCUUCCUGGGAUGCUGCAACACCUGUGACACUUAUUGAUGACCGCCAUUUUGACUCUGUUAAGUUGAAAAAAGCCAAAGGAAGAGACUUUCUGAUGACCUUUGAUCUCAAGGGAUGGAAACCUGGCCUCUGAUUGGCUCAUCACGCCUCGGCCACACUGCCUACCUGAGCAGCCAGUGUGCUUUUGCUUUCAUUUUGGUGCACAUGUUAACAGGUUAGAGCUGCCUCACAGCCCACGCCUCAUCAACUAUAGAGAUUUAAGUCUCAUUUUCUUUUUCUGCGUGAGACAAGGUGUUCCUGUCAAAAACAACACAUUUUAUUAUUUGCUAGUCAUGGUCAUGGUCAUCCCAUCAGUGUCAAUUUCUAUAUUUGAAGAAUAAGUAUCAGUUAAAAAGUAUUUAUUUAUUACUCAGCCCUUCCUCUUUCUGUUUAUAAUUAAAAGCCCUUCAAGGGUUUCUGUGGAUCAAAUCCCUUCAGGCUUUUAAUGUGAAAUGUUUGCGAGACCAUGUUGUGGAAAUUGCAGUGAAUUGCAGGCUCCAUAAACAGGUCACUAAAUGCAAACUCAAUGUAGAAAGAACGGGCUGCAGUUCAGAGAGGUAGCUGUCAGAGACAUGAUGAGGUAGGCCGUGCAUCGCUUUCUGUAGAACCUCCUUUUUACUGUGUGUACAUUAUACUUUUUAUCUCAUGGCCAACACUUUAUGCACUGUCAAAACACACACACACACACACACACACACACACACACACACCACACACACACACA